UAACAUGGAACCUCGUGUCAUCCGGGCGCAUGGUCAGACGCAAAAUGACAACAAACAAGCCAAUCUCGCUGAAUCUCAUUGGAAAUCGAGGAUUUCUAUUCAAUGGGAACGAUUACCUGACACUGCGAACUGAGCACAAAAUUGUGGGAAAUCUCAUUGGGUGCGAUGUAAACAAUCCGAGAAGUACAGCAAUUGGGGGUCUUCCGGCUAUUUUCUCCCCAAUUGAAGUGAGAUUCUUGGUGGAGAAAGGAUUUGCAGUGAUUAGAAAUACUUCUGACCUGAAGCAGCCACCGACGGAGGAGAUUUCUCAGCAAUACAGCCAGUUUUUGGACAAUCAACUCCAGGAACAGCGAGAAAUCCUCCGGAAGAGGAAGAUAUCAGAAUUGCAGGACAAUCUGGAGAAAAUUGUACAAGGGAAACGAAAGAAGCUCCUGAAAUCUGGUCUUCGAGAGGAAGAUAUUAAUCUGGACAGUGGAAAAAUCCUUCAGGAGGAGAUUGACAAGAUCCCUGAAUUGCAGCGUGAAAAUCUCUUAAUUCAGACACCGACGGAGCAUCCCUUUCCCAAAAUGAGGGAAGAAACUCGAGAAACUCAAGAACUACCAGAAUUUCAAGAAGAAGAAGAGCUCAAGUACCAGGUCUUCUGCGAUCUCUGGGAGAAGGGAAACUUCCUAACUUCGGGAUCGACAUUCGGGGGAGAUUUUCUCAUCUACCCCAGUGAUCCUCUCAUUGUGCAUGCUGGCCAAGUGGUACAUGUCCUCAGGGAGAGUCAAAUGGACACUAGGAAAUUCAUUUCCUGCAACCGUUUGUGCGUGGGAGUCAAGAAAUCUUGCGUUUUUGCCUACAGAGAGCCUUCCGGAAGCAUUGCUUACUUAACAUCCCAGUGGGAGGGGAAUUUUUAAGAAAAUUGAAAGAGAAAUAAAUAAAUAUGUUUAAGAUGUAUUCCUGCUUUCCCCUGAACAGGAAAUAAAUUUUUUUUUAUC